AUGGAGGUAUUUUGGAACCAGUGGAGAGGCGAAUAUCUCACCAGCCUCCGAGAACAUCACUGGUCGAAAAGAAAGAAUCCCAACCAAGGACCAAACAUAGGGGAUGUUGUAUUGAUAAACAACGAUACGCCACGUAAUCAGUGGAGACUGGGCGUGAUCACCAAGUUACACCUUGGGAAAGAYAGUCAGACAAGAGCUGUAUCCUUGCGCGUGAGCAACGGCAGGAUACUUUCCAGACCAAUCGAGAGGUUAUAUCCGUUAGAAGUGCGAUCAUCUGAAGAAUCUGCCGAUCCCGAGCGUGAACCGGAUGAGGCGACUCGUCUAAAGGGAACUCGUCCAAAACGAGCAGCAGCGCAAGCUGCAGCUGAGAAAAUAAAAAAACUCUACCUCGCCUGCGUCAUCGCUCGAGUUGAGUCAACUGUCAUCAACAAUGACAAAGUAGUUAAUGAACUUAAAAACGCUUUGCACCAGAACAGGCUUAAGGCUGCAGUAAUAGUAGGCUCUGAAGCCGAUUCAGAGCUUCUCGAUCACCCUAAAGCUUACAUUCAUGAAGCGUUGUACGCCAUGGCCAAAGCAAACUCAAAAAGUACAGCAAAUGUCCGGAAUGCAGAAGCCAAGGUUCAAAUGGAUGAUCCAUGUUUGGUUCUUUUCACAUCAGGAUCGACAUCACUUCCAAAACCAAUCGAAUUCACGCACCACGGUUAUGUCAAUGGAAUCUUUGCAAAUGCUAAUAUUCUGGAACUGACUCGAGAAACGAUACAUUUUAAUAACUACCCGUUUACGUGGAUUUCAGGUGUCGAAGAUAGUAUAGGCGCGUGCGUUGUUUUUGGUCUCACCUACAUUGCCUUUCCACCGAAAUGUGCCAUUUCUGGUCAACACACAAUGACGAUGAUGAGGAUAAUCCAGGAAGAAUCUGUCACUCUGGCUAACUUGUCGCUACCAGUACUGCAAGACAUCGCGUGUAACAAGAAAGAAUUAAUUGCAAUGAAUUUUAAGAACUUAAAGCUCCUAAGUACGUCAGGUCAACCCACUCCAUUGCCUCUUGUUAAGACCAUGUUUGACAUUUGGCCGAAUGUCAGCUUCGUGAAUGGCUAUGGAACGACUGAAGUAGUCGCCAUAGCUAUGCAGAAAAUUACCAAAGAAAGUUUGGAUUCUCAGGACUAUGGAAUAAUGAGAGUCGUUCCUGGUUUGGAAAUAAAGAUCGUGAAUGAAGAAAGUAAACUAUUGCCUACUGGUGAAAGAGGAGAAAUCUGUCUGCGAUCAGCUUGGGUCUCGUUUUGCAACUGGGACUACAUGAACCCUGACCUGGAAGGCCGAGUAGAUACCAGCAAGAAAUCCAAUGGAUGGAAUUCAUCUAAAGAUGUUGGAGUUGUUGUCAAACAAAAUGGCAUCAGAUUACUUGGUCGACUUGAUUUCAUGAUCAAAGUAGCCGGCGAAUCCAUUCCGCCAGCUCUUCUUGAAAGUACGAUACAAGAACACCCCGAUGUCAAGAAAGUGUGCGUCGUUGGAGUUCCUGACGAGCGAUUGUACCAGAAGAUAUGUGCAUGUAUUAUACUCAAACAGGAUCACCAUGACAACAGGAAUGACCUCAGUGAUCAUUUUGACAAAUGGAGCAAAGACAAAUUCAGUGCGUCGUCUUUUGGUUUUAUCACUAAACCUCACUACUACGUCUUCCUCGAUAGUUUUCCACUGACUGGAACCGGUAAGGUAAAUCUAAGAGAAAUGAGAGACAUUGCAAUAAAAGAAUUAAAGUUGAUGUAA